GAAAUAAAUAUUAAAUUUUUUUCUAUCUUUUGAUUAACUUUGAAGAGCUUCUUUAAUUUAUACAUCUAUCUAUAACUGUACAUACGUAAUAUGUGUGUAAUGUAAUAUUUUAUCAAAAUAAUUCUUUUAAAUUUGAACUGGGAAUUAGUGUAUUAGAAAUUCAUAUAUUAAAAAGAAAAAACAGAGAAUCUUAUUAUAAGGAAAACAUCAUCAUCGUCAUAUCACAUAAAUUUGUGAGCCAAAGUUGUGAAAAUAAGGGAAUCUUUAAGUUGAAAAAAAAAUAAGUUUUUUCCUAUUAGAAUUGUACACAAAGUGGCUUGUUUCUUUUUUUAAUAAAAAUGUUGAAUGAAUUAUUUAAAAUGAAGGAAAUUAAUAUUUUUAAAUAUUUAUUAUUAACAUUAUUUAUAAUAAUCUUAUUAUUCCCUUAUGAAUAUGAUGCCCGUACCGAAACCACACAACGUUCUGUAAUAACACCAACAACAGUUCCUCCUUCAUCAGUUAAAAGUGCAUCUACGAAUUCAAUUAAUACAGCAACAGCUACAACAAAUGCAAAUAAAGAAAAUACAAGUUUAAAAAAGAGUCAAAGUGCACCGGAAUUAAUCGAUAAAAGUAGUAGUGAUUUUAUUGAUGGUUUAUUCCCAAAAAGACAAUUUGAUUUACGUAUAAGUGCUGAUCAUGAUCAACAAGUUGGUACUGAUUUGGUAGCAGAGGCGAUUGCAAAAUUAUGGCGAUCAAAGAGUGGUAAUACACAAAUUGAAGGUACUGCAAAAAUUGCACAUCAUACUGGACCAUUUUCAUCACAGGGAUCAGAUUGGCGUAUUGGACUAAAUGUUGUAUUUACUUAAUUAAUAUUAUAUAACAGACACCUUCUCAAAUCCGUUAAACACAUAAUCUAGUUAUAGUGCAAUAUUACGUUUAAAAAAAAUAAUUUGAUCAAAUAAUUUCAAUAUGAUUAAAAUUUAAAUUAAUAUUUUUUAAGAAUUUCAAUGUUAUAUAAAGUGAUGUGAUUGUUAUAUUAAGAAAUUAUUUUAUUAAAA